AUGGCCUCUCCAAAUCAAUUUUCGCCAUCUGCAUCUACACCAUCCCCUCUCCAACCUCCGACCGCCUCCUCUUCUUUGGAGCUCGAGUCUCUGAUCUCCCAUCCAAAAUUUCAGACGGUCCUCCAGCAAUUUUUGCAAGCCAACCUUUUAACCAUGAAAGCGCCGCCGUCGACAUUACUCCCGAUAGUAGACGGAGUCAACGCCGAGCAGCAAGUGGCCAACUGCAACAUCGCUCCCUCGCCGUCGUUCCAGGGUUCGAAGGCUAAAGGUAAGCUCUGCUCGGUUAAAUCCGAUACCUGUCCAUCGGAGGUAUGUCAGAAUCUGUCGGAUCCGACGGGCAACACCCCCCAAGCUCAAACGCGGUUGAAUGAUAAUGAUGAUGGCGGCGACCCAGUUAUGCUGAACCCUCAGCUGCCAUCUCAAGUGGAUCCAUCCCUUUGGGCCAUCCCUCCUCUCACGGGUCUCUUACGGGCUAAGGGUGGGCUGCCACUUACUAGGCCCAAAUCAGCCUCCAACCUGUCCUCCUACCAAUUUGGGCCGAACCCUUCCCCCCAUACCCAAUCUCAGCCCAUAUCUAACUCUUCAAGCCAAUCUCAACCCGUCACCCCAACAAUUAUUUUCGAACCAAUCCAAUGUUUGGGCCAUCUGAAACCCAAUACAAAACCUUCCCAGCCCACCAAAAUUCUUCCUUUCUCACGGACAGCCUCUCCCAAGCCCGUUAACGCACAAACAAAACAUCCCCAGCAGACAUCCGUCUCCUCCAUCGCUAUCCCAGCUGUCACCAUCAUUCAACCGGCCGACGAAGUUCACCGGCCAAUCGCCGGAGCCGGAGCCUCCCAGCCUACAGUCCACAUUCAAACCGCCACUCGCCAGCAGAUUUCUGACUCCGCCUCCCAACCGACAGACGCCGACCACCUGCUCCACGUCGGCACCUACGCCGGCGCCGACACCACACAGCCCAAUUCCGUACAGACUGCGAUGCACCGCUGCCACGCCGAGUACCAGCUCCGACUCCUUAUGGAGGAGGAUUUCUGGAAGCAGAAGGCGGCCGUUCGCUGGGUGGCAGAGGGCGAGCGGAACACUAGGUUCUUCCAGGGCUUCGUUAGACAGAAGCGUGCUAAGUCGUACAUCCAUAGUAUUGAGGCAGAUGGGUCAUCCCUGACCCAGGAGUCUCAGAUUCGGGAGUCGGCUGUUGCUCACUUCCAGACCCUCUUCACCUCUGACAGAUGGUCCCUCGUUGCCCCGACCCUGUUCGCCGGCGGGCCGCCACCGCCGCCACCUCUGGCGGCAAGCCGCCUGACCUCCCUUCACCUACCUCCCUCUUAUCCGUUCAUGGCCCCGAUCCCGAUUCCUCCUGCAACCCCAUUUCUGCGAAUUCAGCCCACACAAUUGGAGCAAUCUUCCCUCCGAUCUCCUCCUCCUCAACCUACAUCACCGCCGUCGACCACCUGCCUCACGACGGCGCCGGCGCCGUCACUGUGCUUUUGGACACGCCCUCGCCGGUCAUCCCAAUCUCGCCUCUCGAAAACAGCGUCACAGGGAUCCCCUCAGCUGAGCAGCGACCCGUCAGUGGCCACUAUACCAGAUCUGGGUCCUUCUCGAGAUCCAAAUCUGCCCCUUCUAUUGGGUCUUCCCCUAUUAGGCCCAAAAAAACUAACGGGCCACUACUUCAAUCCGCAGCCCACAACAUCAAAGUAA